AAAUGAACAGCAUGUCAUGCAGCUGUUAGCUGGUACAGAGAAAGGCAGGCUAAAGUGGUGGAGUGGUUGCUUUCAGUUUUUCUGUCUGUACAUUCAUCCCUUCCUUCUGGAGUCUCCUUGCCUGCCUUAGAGUCGCCUUCACUGAGAUGGAUGACACAGGUGUUUAUGUAGAGCCCAAGAAAUUAAACAUUUCCUCCCGUGAAGAGUCUGAGACUGAAGGGCAGAAGACAACCCAAGAGAGCAAGGAGGCCCUGAGCCAAAGCCCCGAAAGUAAAUUUCAGCCCACGAAGACCUCAAGCCCACGCCACGGGAAGGAUGAGUUUCAACACGCAGAGACCCCAAGUGAAAGCCCCAAGGGCAAGGCUGACCAUGAGAAGAUGCCACGAAGUCCCGAGACGGGUGAGACUAGACGUGCAGAGAUUCCUAGGACACCCUCAAAGAAAAUACCCAAACAUGGUACCUCUCAGGAGGAAGGUGAGGCAUGUCUAGCGGUUCUACAGACUCCAGGGGCAGCACCUGUCACAAGUCCUUCGACAGCAGUACAUGCUGCCCACGGAAGCAGCCCGCUGCAGGAUGACAAGCCCUCUACUUCCAAAGGUCCUCUGGUGAGUUCUUCAAAAGGGAAGGCCCUUUCCCGGAGCGCUAAGCAUUUGCAGCUUACACCUAUUCACCUCAUGGAUGAGGCCUCCUCACUGUCUCUAGUCAAGGUUAAUCCUUUUACUCCUGAGUCCUAUAAGAAAUUAUUCCUUCAAUCCACGGGCAAGAGGAAAACCCCAGAAGAUCCUGAGAAAACUGAUGAAGAGGAAGGCCAAUUACAAGGGCUUCCUGCUAAGGGUCUCACUAUGCAGUUCAGGCUGGCCUUGGACUCACUUUGUAGCCCAGACUGGCCUCAAACUCGCCAUGAUCCUCAUGCCUCAGCUUCCCAAGUGGUAGGGUUACAGAAAAGUGUUCUACGAGAAACUAACAUGGCUUCCCGCUAUGAAAAGGAAUUCUUGGAGCUCGAAAAAAUUGGAGGUGGGGAAUUUGGUAUCGUCUACAAGUGUGUUAAGAGACUGGAUGGAUGUAUUUAUGCAAUAAAGCGCUCUACAAAACCUGUGGGCAUGUUAUCAAAUGAAAAUACGCGCUUGCGCGAAGUUUAUGCUCAUGCAGUGCUUGGGCAGCACCCCCAUGUAGUACGCUAUUACUCCUCCUGGGCAGAAGAUGACCGUGUGAUCAUUCAGAAUGAGUACUGCAAUGGUGGAAGCCUGCAAGCUGCUAUAUCUGAAAACACGAAGUCUGGUAAUCAUUUCCAAGAGCCAAAACUCAAAGACAUCCUUCUGCAAAUUUCCUUGGGGCUUAAGUACAUCCACAGCUCUGGCCUGGUGCACCUGGACAUCAAGCCUAGCAACAUCUUUAUUUGUCAUAACACACGAAGUGAUUGUCCUGGAGUCCCAGAAGAGACUGAAAAUGAAGCUGACUGGUUUCUCUCUGCCAGCGUAAUAUAUAAAAUUGGUGACCUGGGUCAUGUGACGUCAAUAAAAAAACCCCAAGUGGAAGAAGGAGAUAUUCGCUUCCUAGCUGAUGAGAUUUUUCAAGAGGAUUAUCAACACCUUCCCAAAGGUGAUAUAUUUGCCCUGGGAUUAACAAUUGCACUGGCAGCUGGAGCCAAUACUUUACCCAGUUGUGGUGAAGACUGGCACUGGAUCCGUAAGGGUAACUUUCCGGAUGUCCCUCAGAAGCUCACAGAAGAUUUUCACAAUUUGCUCAAGAAUAUGAUCCACCCUGAUCCAAAGGAGAGACCUUCUGCAGCAGCUCUAGCCAAAAGUCAAGUUCUCCGGCCCUCCCUGAGCACCACAGAAGAGCUCCAGCGGCAGCUCAUCUUGGAAAAGUCGAAGAUAGCUGCACUGGAAAGGGAACUGAGAAAAAUCCAGCAGACCAGGUCCUCCCAGGGAGACCUCCACCCUGACAAUCCUGAGGUCUCUGCGGGCCAAACAGAAUCAAGAAGUCCAAAACACCUGGCGAGAAGAAAGAGAGUGAAGUCUUCAAGUUUUAUUGAUGAACAAUCUUCCCCAUAGGAACUCACUUCCCACCAGCCAACUUUAUACUAUAAACCUUCCAGAAAGAUAUUGAUCACCCAACUUUCCUCUUUAAAAAUGGAAAAACUAACCAAUUUAAAUGCCCAAGGAUUUCAAAAGUCAUCUUAAUGUAGCAUUUAGAGUCAAGAUUACAAAGCUACUAAAGUUUUUUACUCACAAUGGUUUAAGGUACAAAAAUUGGUAGCCAUUUUUCUUCCCAAUUGUUAUAUUCCUAAUGCUACCUAUCAACAACUUACAUACUUCUUACAUUUUCUAAUUAAUGAGAAUACAUGGGUCUCUUAAAAGAACAGGCUUUGACUUGGUCUGUGGACUAAAAAUGCUGUUGCUAAUUUCUCACCAAAGAUCUCCGAAAGAAAAAGUUUGGCUUGAGUUGAAGUAAGACCCUACAAGAAAAUGUGUGUGGAUUUAGACAUUGCUUCCCAUGUUAUAUGAUGCUAUUCCUAAAAAACAAUUUCUAGCCCCUCCGAGUUAACAGUUUUUGUAAUAUAUUUUGUGGAUGGAGACACCUUUCCUGAUAUUGUAUUUAGUAAAUUAAUAACUCUA